CAUCUUGUUUAUUAUUGUCUAUGUACAAUCACGUUUUGCCGUUGUUGGUAUCUAUUUCUUUUUAUUGUCUUUUCUAAUUAUCAUACAGUAUAAUUCGAGGUAAAUUGUGAUCCCCUGUUAUCGGGGGCUAAGACUGCAGAAAUUGGGCGGAUCGCGAGCAAGCACGUUAAAGCCAGCCAAGUGUCUCAGAGAUCCCCCACGUCUCCGGGUGGUGGUGUGGAGACUAAGGAAGAGGGCGACACUGAGACCGGUAAAAAAACGAACAAGACAAUGAACCAUUGCCCAGAGCAGGAUCAGAAGCUGUCAGACAGCGAGGAAAUGGACACAAGAGAAGAAAACAGUACUGAUGACAAACAGACUACUAAUGGGAAGGUGGCUGAUGGGACAGGUGAGAAAACAAUUAAUGGUGACGUGAAUGAAGAUGACUCAAUGCAGCAAGAUGAGCCAGAUGAUGAUGAUGAAAGUCGCUCUGAAGCUAUAUUUCGUUUCACUAUUCCAAACUUCAGUAAACUGAAAGAGACAGUACUCAGUCCAGCAUGUAUGAUUCGUAAUUUACCCUGGAAAAUCAUGGCAAUGCCACGAAAUAGUCAGAACACAGAGAAACAGGUGAAGACACUUGGCUUUUUUCUGCAAUGUAAUGCUGAUUCAGAGUCUACGUCUUGGUCUUGUAAUGCGCAAGCUGAACUCCGAAUGCUGAAUUGGAAGGAGGAUGGUGACCCCUUUGUUAGAAAAAUUCAACAUUUGUUUUAUAGUAAAGAAAAUGAUUGGGGUUUCAGUCACUUUCUAAGCUGGGCGGAUAUUCUGGAUCCUGAGAAGGGUUACUGUAAAGAUGAUGCAAUAACUCUUGAAGUACAUGUUGUUGCUGAUGCACCACAUGGAGUUAGUUGGGAUUCUAAGAAGCAUACUGGAUAUGUGGGGUUAAAGAACCAAGGUGCUACUUGUUAUAUGAACUCAUUACUUCAGACUCUUUUCUUCACAAACACAUUACGAAAG